AUGCUCUCACGUGUUUCUGCAGCUGUCAUGGCACUCCGCACACACAACCGUCGCCGCGUGACCGGAUCCAGCGGAAGGAGGAGGGAAGGAAGAGAGAGUGAGCCGCAGAGGCCCAACAUGUCCCGGCAUCUCUUCUGCUCUGCGGUGCUGCUCCUCCUCGUCGUGAUGAUGUGCUGCAACACUGGAAGAGCUGCGCAAGCUGAUGAGCCAACGUCAGAUCAGGGAUCUUCACUGGGAAAACAUUUUGUUUGGAGAGAUAAGAAAGAAGAAGAAACAGUGAGUUUGCUCUAUGCUCCCAGUCUUGUUGAGGUGAAUGGUAAAGUGUUUGCCGUUGCCGAGGCGCUGUGCAAGAAGAAGAAUGAAGUUGGAGGAGACUAUUACUUUACUGAGAUUGCCUCGGAGCUCCUUGAGUUGAGUGGUGAAAACCUAAAAAUGUUGGGUGGACGUAAUUUGAGGACAAAGGCACUGGAGAAAUGUUCUUCCGAAGAAGGCAAAUGCCCCUCUCAGUCAACGAAUCGCGCUGGUUCCAAAAAUUUCCACAGCGUAUAUGUGAGCCUGCCAACAACAGUUGUGAAGGGAAGUGAUAUUUACAUGCUUGUUGGAACUUACAUCAGGGAAAAUGUCGCUGUUUGUCAGGGUGGGGCUGGCGCGGAUUCAUGGGGUCUUUUGCUGGUAAAGGGGAAUGUCAGUGAAGAACAGGACAAAGGAAUUGUUUGGGAAGAUACUGACGGUCUCCCGUGCACUUCGUUUGUAGAACUUUACGAAUCCUGGCCACAGCUCAUUGGAAGCGGUGGAUCGGGUAUUAAGAUGGAUGACGAUACGCUUGUGUUCCCGUUGGAAGCCGUGAAGGAGGACGGCACUGAAAGUGAAGAAGAGAAAAGAAAGAAUAACAACGUUUCUCUGAUCUUAUACUCCUCCAAGGAUACUAAUACUUGGACGCUGUCGAAGGGGAUGUCUGCCUAUGGCUGCAGUGAUCCCUCCGUCGUGGAGCGGGAGAAGGGAAAACUCAUGAUGAUGACUGCGUGUGAUGAUGGCCGCCGCAGGGUGUACGAGUCCGGUGACAAGGGGGAUUCGUGGACGGAGGCACUCGGGACACUCUCGCGCGUGUGGGGCAACAACCAAAAGCGACAUGAGAAGGGCGUUAGAAGCGGGUUCAUCACAGCGACGAUUGACGGUGUUGAAGAUAAGAGAAAUGUGAUGCUUGUCACUCUGCCGGUAUAUUCCGAGGGGGACAGUAAAAAAGACAAUGGAAAGGGUGAACUCCAUCUUUGGCUGACGGACAAUACGCACAUUGUUGAUAUUGGGCCGGUAUCCGAUGAUGACGCUGCCGCCAGCUCCCUGCUGUACAAAAGUGGAACUAAUAAUAAUAAUAAGGAUGAGUUGAUUGCGCUGUACGAGAAGAAGAAGGACGAUGGGUACAGUCAAUCAUCCGGUGUGGUCUCCGUGGUUCUGACUGAGCAGCUGCAGCGUGUGAAGGAUGUGCUGGCGACCUGGAAGGAAGUGGACGACCGUGUCUCCAAGCUGUGCACUCCUUCAAAUACUGAGAAGGAUCGUCCAACUAGCACUCCCUGCAGCACUACUGAUACGAUCACAGCUGGGCUGGUUGGCUUUUUGUCCGGCAACUUCUCUGAUGGCAAAUGGAGGGACGAGUACCUCGGGGUGAACGCCACAGUAACUGGUCCUGCAAAAAAGACAGAGCCUUCCGAUGGCGUGACAUUUAAAGGACGUGGUGCAGGGGCGGAGUGGCCCGUUGGCAAGCAGGGGGAGAAUCAGCUGUACCACUUUGCAAACUACAACUUCACUCUUCUGGCGACGGUGUCCAUCGACGGUGAGCCGAAGAGUGGCAGCGUCCCUUUGAUGGGUGUGCGUGCGGGCAGUGACGGAGUAACCAAACUUGUGGAGUUGUCGUACGGCAGCGGAAAGAAGUGGCGGGCGCUGUGCGGUGACAGAACAACCGCGGAGCACAGCAGCACUUGGGAGGCAGAGAAAACGUACCAAGUGGCCAUUGUGUUACAGAACGGCGCCCAGGGCUCCGUGUACGUCGAUGGUCAGCGUGUGUGUGAGAGUGUGCAAAGUAAAUUGGAAAAUACAGAAUCGAAAGGGAUUUCUCACUUCUACAUUGGAGGGGAUGGAGGCAAUGCAGAGAACACAGCGGGUGACGAAGAUGUGUCUGUGACCGUGUCGAACGUCCUAUUGUACAACCGUCCGUUGACAUUUACUGGUGGGAGUGCCGAUUUGGAAGAAGCAACGGGUGAUGGCGGCACUGUGCGUGGGAGCGGACUGCUGCCGUCGCUUCUUCUGUUGUUGGGACUGUGGGGGUUUGCGGCUCUGUGA